AUGUUCAUCAGAAAAUUACCCAUCCCCGCAUGUCUCAUAUUCCUUAUUAUUGUGAAAUUUUUAGGGGCAACCCCUGCCCCAAGUGAUGUAUCAUCCCUUUCCAGUGGUUUCCCGCUUGCAAUCCGUUCACUACGUCCUGUGCUCAAAGACCCAAGUUCAGACAAAUUGCUUCACAAAAGAGGAGCUGACACGAGGCAAGAUGACGCUUAUUACACUUGUCAGACUGUUCAGUUGAACAUAGCGAAUACGGAUUCGUACUUCUUUGCACUCAAAAUGUCAGCGCUUUCUGAUGUUAUGACAAGUCAGCAAGCUGCUCAAGCUAAUGAAAAAAUAGACGGCCUCCUGAGUAUUGAUGGCAGCUCACUUGCCGGUCACAAACAGCUAGCUAGCAAAAAUUUCCCGAAAGAUGCCCAAAUCCAAAGUGCGAUGACCAACAUCACGCGAUUGAAUACGCCUUAUGUGAAUGCUCUCAACAAGGCAAAGGCUACUGCUGGAAUGAAAAGUCAAAUAUUUCAUCAGGGGAUGGGGAAGGCGUGGGAUGCUCUUCGUCCUCUUGUAAAAGCACAGUUUAGUAUGAUCAAAUUGAUUCCGGAUUGUAAAUAACUAGC